CUAGCAAGCAAUGGCGGAGGUGGUGGCAGACGAGCCUUGAAUCAAAAACAAAUCUUUAUGUAGCUUUUUUUGGCGUCUAGGAGGACUAACAUAUUAUGAUGACCAGUGUGAAAUUUUCACAACCAGGUGGUGAUGGCAGAUGUGAUUCAGUUUAGCAAAGAGGAUCAGUCUUUUUACCACAAGAAAAUGAUUGCAUCAGAUCAACUGUCAGGAGUGCAAAAGACCUCAGCAGGGUACUCAUAUAGACGUGUGCCAGUGGCCAGAUCUCCCACCAGAAGGCUGGAUGCUCUGAAGGAAAAGCAUCAGAUGUUACUGGAGUCCAUGAGAAAGCAAUUUAAUAUGGAAGUGAAUGUGGAUAGAGGAGAAACAGAGCAUCUUGGAGAGGAAUCAGUGAAAAUUGCCAAGAAGCAGGUAACUUCUGCUAGAAGUUGCAAACCCUUACCCCCUGGACAAAAAAGUGAAGCCCAAGAUGCCAACAUGACUGAGAGAGAAAGCAAAAGCAGCAGUGAAAUCCAGUUAGACUGUUAUGUCAAGCUCAUCCCACUGAGAAGUAGUCCACGAAGAAAUACAAAAAGUACAAAAAAAGAGGAACAAGUAUUGGCAACAGAGACUGUCCACCUAGAUGUACCAAACACAACUCCACAGUACAAGAAAAUGGCAGAUGUAGACCAGUUUUCAAACAGAUUACCAAAUGCCUCUGCAGGGAAUCCACAUAGACGAGUGUUAGUUCCCAGGUCUGCCACCAGAAAGCCAGGUGCUCAGAAAGACAAACAGAUGUUAUUAGAGUCAAAGUCUGUUGAUAGCAGAGAGACAUCCAAAGAGGGUCAGAGGGAGAAAGCAAUGAAAAUUGACCAAAAGCAAAUAACUUCAUCCAGAACUUACAAACCCAUUGCUAGUGGACUGAGAACUGAAGCCCAAGAAAUCAACAAAACAAGAAGAAAUGUAAAAGAUACUGGAAAGAAGGAACAAGCUGUGCCAACAAAUACGGUGAAGCAGGAUGUACCACAUGCCCCUGCACAGUGCAAGAAAGUGGCUGUUGCAGAGCUUCCAAAGGUUCAAAACGCAUCAAGAGGACAGAUAUAUCGUCAGUUGCCUAAAACUGUAAAUUCUCUUGCAAAAACACAUCAUGUGAAAGAAAAGCGUAAUAUUCUCAAGUCUAUGAGGGAGCAGUUUAACAUGAAACAACCAAAGAACGCUCAGGAAGAAGAGCCUGAUAAGCUCAGCAAUUGCAAUGGAAAAAUAUUU